AUGUCGCCGAAAUCCGACCACCGGGUGGUAGGCACACCCUCUCCAGCACAACUCGAAGCACGCACCAAACAAGAAGCAGUUCAUCCCGAGGACCUCAUUGCCCGGAUAUCCACCGUCGACAGAGCAUACCAGGCCUCGCCUCCGGAUGGCGGUCUCCGCGCCUGGUGCCAGGUGCUCGCGGGGCACUUGAUCAUCUUCAACACAUGGGGCUACAUGAUUAGCUUUGGCAUCUUCCAGCCUCACUACGCAGAGAUGCUGUCCAUGGACCCGUCGGCAAUCGCCUGGAUAGGCAGCGUGCAAAUUUGUCUCGUCUUCCUGGUCGGCACCUUUGCGGGCAGGGCCUUCGACGCCGGCUACUACAAGGUCGCUCUCAUCAUUGGCAACCUGCUUCAGCUCGUGGGCAUCGCCACCACCAGCGUGGCCCACGAGUACUGGCAGGUGUUUCUGGCGCAGGGGAUAUGCCAGGGCCUCGGGUGCGGAAUCGUCUUUGCGCCCACCGUCGCCAAUGUCUCGACCUAUUUUUCUAGGAAGAAGAGCAUUGCUAUAUCCCUUGGUGCUUGCGGCGGCGCCACCGGGGGCAUGGUGUUUCCCCUGAUGGCGCAGCAGCUUCUGCCCAAGGUUGGCUUUGCAUGGACCGUGAGAGCAAUGGGACUGGUCGUGCUGGUGUCGUCUGUCAUUGUCUAUCUGCUGGUCAAGCCAAGACUGCCGCCGAGAAAGUCGGGCCCUAUUGUGGAAAUGGCGGCCUUCAAGGAGAGCACAUAUCUCCUGUUUGCCAUCAGCAUGUUUUUCACGCUGUGGGCUGCCUACUUUGCCUACUACUAUGCCCGAGCCUAUGCCCUCAACGUCCUGGGCGGCACCCAGUCGACCUCGUUUACAAUGCUCCUCGUCAUCAACGCCGUCGGUAUCCCGGGGCGUCUCAUCCCGGCCUUCAUCGCCGACCGAUACCUUGGCGCCGUCAACACCUUUAUUCCCGCGAUAUUCUGUGCUGCCGUGUGCAUGUUUGGGUGGAUAGGCGUGCGUGACAUCGCUGCAGACUACGCCUGGCUGUGCAUCUAUGGAUUUUUUGCUGCCGCCAUCCAGGGCAUGUUCCCGUCCACACUGGCCGGACUGACCAAGGACCUGAGCAAGGCCGGCACAAGGAUCGGCAUGAUUUUCACAAUCGUCAGUGUUGCAGCCCUGACGGGCCCCCCUCUGGCCGGAAAGUUGAUCGAAGUGAAUGACACGCCAUCAACAUUGGCACCCAGCCUCCUCCAGCGCGCCAAAGCCCUCUCCGCCGAACACGAAGCCCUUCAGAAAUCCCUCAACGCCCAGUUCGACUCGCAAAAGGCCCGGCGCGCAGGCGAACUGCACCGCGUCGCCGCCGCCCUCUCGGCGUGGCAGCAAUCACUCUCGUCCAUCCGCGACCUCCAAGCCAUGGCCGACGACGAACAGGACCCCGACCUGGCAGCCAUCGCGCGCGAUGAGCUGCAAGCCGAAGAAGCGAAGCUCGGAUCUCUGGAAAAGAACCUCUCCGCCAGCUUGACGCCGCGGCACCCGUUCGCCGAUAUGCCGUGCAUGAUCGAGUUCCGCCCAGGGCCAGGCGGCCUCGAGGGCCGGUACUUUACCGACUCCCUGUUCAAAAUGUACAAGGCGCUAUGCACGCGACGGGGCUACCGCGCAAACGUGCUCAAGUACGAAAUGGCCGACGCGGCAGGGGACCAGUCGUCGUCGGCAGGGGAGAACCCCGUGCAGGAAGCCAUCCUCGAGAUCCAAGACCAGGGCGCGUACGACAUGUUCCGCAGCGAGGCGGGCAUGCACCGCGUGCAACGGAUCCCCAGCACCGAGAGCAAAGGGCGGGUUCACACGAGCGCCGUGGCGGUGUGGGUGCUACCGUCGUUCCCCGAGAGCAGCAGCGGCGGCGAAGCAGACGCAGACGACCCCGAGAGCGACUUUUACGUGAACCCGCAGGAGGUCAAGGUCGAGACGAUGCGGGCCCGCGGCGCCGGCGGCCAGCACGUCAACAAGACCGAGUCGGCGAUCCGCAUGACGCACCUGCCCACGGGGACGACCGUGUCCAUGCAGGACCACCGCUCGCAGCAGCGCAACCGCGAGGACGCGUGGAAACUGCUGCGCUCGCGCAUCGCCAGCCAGCGCGCCGAGCUGCGCAUGCACGAGGCCGCCCGACUGAGGAACAGCGUGCUCGCGCAGACGCAGAUUACGCGCGGCGACAAGAUCCGCACCUACAACUACAACCAGGACCGGUGUACGGACCACAGGGCCGGCCUCGACGUCCACAACCUGCCAGAUGUUUUGGACGGCGGCGAGACCCUGGAUCGCGUCAUGGAUGCCGCCAAGGAGUGGUUGGUCGCGAGGGAGAUUGACAUGGUUAUUGCCGAGGAGGAAGCCAAAUCUGCUGCCAAGUGA